AUGCCUCGGAGUGAGAAGCGUAAGUUCUACACCCAGGCCCGACGUGGCUCCAGGUGUCUGAGGGGUUCUCAGGCUACCAAAACCAAGGAAGGAAAAUCAUCUUCCUCACCCAGUCAUUCUCUAGAAGCUGCUGGUCAAGGGCCUGGUGCUAUUUCAUGUAGCACUCUUCAGUCUCAGGGUACCACCAAGGUGCCUGUGAGUGUUGAUGCAAGAGUAACCAAAAGAGUCAUCUGUAAAAAAGAUGAAAAAGAAGGUUCCUCCCAGGCUUUACUCCCCACUGUAAAGUCAUGUGAAGAUUCUCUGACCAAAGUGAUAGCAAUACUUGUAGAAUUCCUGAUGAGCCGGUUCAAAAUGAAAAAGCCCAUCCUGAAAGCAGAAAUGCAGAAGAUUACUGGUAAGAAGUACAAACACCGUUUUCCUGAAAUUCUCGAAAGAGCCUCAUUCAGUAUAGAGGUGGUAUUUGGUAUUGAUAUGAAGGAAAUGGAAUCUCCUAUGGAUUCCUAUACCCUUGUCAGCAAAAUCGAUCUCCCCAACAAUGGCAGAGUGAGUCCUGGUAGGGGAUUCCCCAAGACCAGUCUCCUAAUGAAUGUUUUAGGGGUGAUCUUCAUGAAGGGCAAUUGUGCUAGUGAGGAAAUUAUCUGGGAAUUCCUGAAUAAGAUGAAAGUCUAUGCUGGAGAGAAGCACUUCAUCUAUGGGGAGCCCAAAAAGCUUAUCACUCAAGAUCUGGUGAAGCUUAAAUAUUUGGAGUAUCGCCAGAUAGCUCAUAGUGACCCACCCCGUUAUGAGUUCUUGUGGGGUCCCAGAUCUCAUGACAAAAUCAGCAAGAUGCAAGUCUUAGAGUUUUUGGCCAAAAUUAACAACACAGUUCCAAGUGUCUUCCAGUCUUGUUAUGAAGAAGCGCUGAGAGAUGAAGAAAAUACCACUCUUUCUCCAAGCAUCAGUACCAUCACCACAUGCAUGAAUGCUCCAGAUCCAUGUCCAGAAGAUCCAGUGAUACAUGAAGAAAUUGAAAUUGAUGCUUCUAUUUACAUUUAA